AUGGAUCCACCCUAUUACAUCUUGUUUUCCACUCAGCCUGCAAAUUCCUCUUCUCUCGGGCAUCCUACGAUUCAAUAUCACUAUGCAGAUGAUUCACCUUUGGCUUUACUCCCUCAGCAUACAGAUGAGCACGUCUUGCUGCUUAAAUACGACCAAACUUCGCCGAUGCCGACAGUGACCAGCACUUCAAGAACAUUAGCUGUGACUGGCAUCAAAGUUGAAGAAGCACCUGGCGCAGCUGUGGCUGAGGAUAGGCAUAACGACAGGAUGUAUAUCAUAGAGGCAACUACAGUUUUAGCAGAGGACAAAACCCAGCUAUCAGGGGAACGUCCCUCGGCUCACGCUGUUAUUGCUCAGUUCAAACAAAGGAAAGUGAUUCUUGUUUGA